UUUAUGAGUGGCCGCUACAGUCACGUGACUCUAUUUAAGGCUCCCUUAUUUGGGAAGAGCGCAUAGGAUAAAGAAAGAGAUAUCUCCACCUAUAAAUUGUGCACUUUGGAGAACAAAAAAACCCUCAACUUCAAAGAGUCACAAAUCACCCUUAAUCAAAAAGGGUGCAGAUAUUUUUUUUGGGCCCUCCCCGCCAUGAGCUCCUACGUAACCAAUUCAUUCUAUAAGCAGAGCCCCAAUAUCCCUGCCUAUAACAUGCAAACUUGUGGGAACUAUGGAUCGGCCUCAGAGGUGCAGGCAUCCAGGUACUGCUACGGCGGAUUGGACUUAAGCAUCACUUUCCCACCGCCUGCGCCUUCCAACUCUCUCCACGGGGUAGACAUGGCUGCCAACCCCCGGGCUCACCCCGACCGCCCCGCCUGCAGCGCUGCGGCCGCUCCGGGACACGCUCUGGGCAGAGACGAAGCGGCUCCUCUGAACCCCGGGAUGUACAGUCAGAAGGCGGCUCGCCCAGCGCUGGAGGAGCGAGCUAAGAGCAGUGGGGAGAUCAAAGAGGAGCAGGCGCAGACAGGGCAGCCCGCCGGACUGAGCCAGCCACCGGCCCCGCCACAGAUUUACCCGUGGAUGACCAAACUGCACAUGAGCCACGAGACGGAUGGCAAGCGAUCCCGAACCAGUUACACCCGCUACCAGACUCUGGAACUCGAGAAAGAAUUCCACUUUAACCGCUACCUCACUCGCCGCAGGCGCAUAGAGAUCGCCAACAACUUGUGUCUCAACGAGAGACAAAUCAAGAUCUGGUUCCAGAACCGCAGGAUGAAAUGGAAGAAAGAUUCCAAAAUGAAAAGCAAAGAGGCUCUUUAGGGCAGUGGGGAGGCCCACAGAGAGCUUCAGCCCCUGCGCCUUUCCUUUCCGUUUUCCUCUAUUUUGGGGCUGGGUAGGGGACUGGAGCACCCGCUCCUGGGCCCCACAGACAAAAGCGCGUUCCCUUGGCAUUUCGCAUCCCCAUCGACCCCUGGUUCCCACGGGGCUGACCCUUCUCUCCUCAGCUCUGCUUAGUACCCGGGUCCCAGGACGAGCUCCGCAGGGGCUCCCUAGAGGGCUGAGGCCACAGGCUGGCUCCUGAAGGGAACCCCGACCUGGGCCGCCUCGCUGGGCUCCCAGCCCCACCGCGGCUCGUCCGAGUCUAGGUGGGCCUGGAGCCGUAGGCCCCUCGCCCCGAUCCUCCCGGCCUCGCCCUCUCCUUUGUUCCCGGUUAGGUUAGCCAGGCGGCCGCGGGCUGGCGAGAGAGUGGUUGUGCCUGGUGGAGCCCAGCGCCACAUUCGGGGUGCUCCGUUGACGCGACAAAACUCGAUCUUCAUUUUUUAAUGAUUUGCAUAUGAAAGGGGGAGAUGACUGAACGUCUGCCUGGGGCCCCCUCGGUUGCGCUCUGCUUUCCAAACCUUUUCCCCGGGAAUGCCCGGGAAUCUCCCCAGCCCCCGCCGCUGCAUGCCCACUCAGGCCCGCAGCCCAGCCCGCUAACUCAACUAUUGUGGUCCCCUGUCACUGGACCCGAGCAAGCAGUCCUAGAGGCUCCUGGCUGCCCCGUAGUCCCUGCUACGACUUUCUGUGCCCUUCUGCCCCAUCGCUGUUGCCCAACUAUUUAUUGACUCCGGGUCCUUCCUGAAACUAUAUUUUGUCAUAUCAAAUAA